GUUUACGUUAUAAACGCCUUUUCUCUUCCUCUCAUUUCCUCUCCUCCUCCACCCACCACCACCAGCCCCCCAAACCCCAGCACGGAACCAUCAAAGCCAACGCCCUCUUUCCACGAUCACAUUCCAAGGCCUACACAGGCCUUGGGACUACUGAGAGAGAAACACGCAUUUCUCUCUCCGUAUUAUGUCUACUGCUCAGGCAUCCGAUGCCAAUAUAAACGAUGAUAUUCAUGAAACAGCUUUCGCGAAAAGGCGUUGCUGUUUCUGUAUUCCUUUCUUAAACUCCCAGCCUUCUUCCUUUUCGGGGUCUGUUUUCUGGCAGCGUAUUAACCCUCUCGAAACCAGCAAUCCCGCUACCCCAAAUGCCACCGCCACCACCUCUGCCCCCGCCGAUGCGUGGUGGGUACGUGGGUGGAAGAGAAUGAGAGAGUGGUCGGAGAUUGUUGCCGGGCCUAAAUGGAAAACUCUUAUAAGGAAGAUUAGUAAAAGGCGAAAGCAAAAUGGGUAUGGGAAUGCGAAAUUCCGUUACGACCCUUUGAGUUACGCGCUUAAUUUCGAUGAGGGUCCGGGGCAGAAUGGUCAUUUCGACGAGGAUCUUGUUGGUCGCGGAUUCUCGUCGCGCUAUUCUCUACCUCCGUCGUGUAAAACUUCUCUCGAUUUCGACAGGGAAGGGAUUGUGGUGCUCACGUGAGUGUCGCGUGGAGUUGGAAAAUUAUUUAAAGCAUUUUAAGAGGGUAAAAGAGAAGAAGGAUAUGUGUGGGGGUGACGUGCGCCGGGUGUGGAGGCUAAAAGGCCGAUUUUGCGGGGCCCGCGGAUGAUGACAAAGAGGUUUGACUAUAAUGUUUUUUAGUUGGGCACUUGGGAGUUACAUUUAUGGUUUUUAUUGUUAUUGUCGUAAUUUUGUUUUGUUUUUCUCUUGUACAAGGAAUUCCUGGGCUAUUUAUUUUCUUGUUUUCUUUUAAACAAAAAAAUGUAAAGGCGAAAAAGAAAUAUAUAUCUUGAAGAAAAAAAAAAAAAAAAGUCUCCUGAGAGCAUGUGAACGUGAUUAAUGAAUUACUCUUCUAUUCCCUAUACCAA